CUUAAACCCUAAUAUCCUUGUUCUCGUACCUCCACAAAGCACAGAGGAGGUCAAGUGCUCAACACUCUCUCAGCUGCAAUGCCCGCGCAGCUCUUAUCUCAGCUCCGUCUUCUCCAACCCCUCCUUCCCAUGAAGCCCCUCCUCUCUCGCACCUUCUUCUUCCCCUCCUCCAAGUUCCUCCGAAACGCACCGUUUCGCCCUCGCGCCUUCUCCGCCCGCCCCCAUCCCAGGGACAAGCUCCCCCUCCGCCCCUCCAAGAGCCUCGUCGAGGACGAGGCCGACCUCAGCGACUGGCUCGACGACCUCCGCUCCGCCCGCCCCGACCCCUUCGCCACUCGCCUCGACCGCCGCGCCGACGACGACGGCGACGAAGAGCAGCGCGAGUUCCGGCCCCCGCGGAGGAACGAUAGGGUUUCCACGCUGGGGAAGAGGAGGGGUGAGGGCUUGAGAAGGGGAAGACAGGAUGGCGGUGGCGCCAGGAGGAAGUUUCAGCCGAGGAGUGAGGAUGAGGAUAAUGUUGGUGGAAGGAACUUGAAGAGGGGUGGCGUUGGAGAGUUUCUUACUGAGGAUGAAGAUGAAGAUGAAGAUGAAGAGAGUGAGGAUGAAGAGAUUUUGAACAAGAGUAGAACCGCUUUGUUUGGCCAACCAAGCGGUUUCGACCGGAGAACCGCUGAACCGGUUCCCAGACCCUCUUCCCCUGGAGGAUCUGAUUCUUAUUUGAGUGACACCAGAUUUGACCAAUGUUCAAUCUCCCCACUGUCAUUAAAAGGAGUCAAAGAUGCUGGAUAUGAGAAAAUGACCGUUGUGCAGGAGGCUACUCUUCCGGUAAUUCUCAAAGGUAAGGAUGUCCUUGCCAAGGCGAAGACAGGCACUGGGAAAACAGUAGCCUUUUUGCUUCCAUCAAUUGAAGCUGUGGCAAAGUUACCUCCAAGUGAUCGUGAUCAAAGGCGGCCACCAAUUCAUGUUCUUGUCAUAUGCCCAACUCGAGAGCUAGCAAGUCAAGCUGCUGCUGAGGCCAAUAAACUGCUGAAGUAUCAUCCUACCAUUGGUGUUCAAGUUGUGAUUGGAGGGACAAGACUUGCUUUAGAACAGAAACGAAUGCAAGCAAACCCUUGCCAGAUCCUUGUUGCUACUCCUGGAAGGCUUAGAGAUCAUAUCGAGAAUACUGCUGGUUUUGCAACUAGGCUGAUGGGGGUGAAAGUUUUGGUGCUUGAUGAAGCUGAUCAUUUACUUGACAUGGGAUUUCGCAAAGACAUUGAGAAAAUAAUUGCUGCAGUCCCUAAACAAAGACAGAGUCUUAUGUUUUCUGCCACCAUUCCAGAAGAGGUGCGUCAAGUAUGUCAUAUUGCCUUGAGAAGGGAUCAUGAAUUUAUCAAUACAGUUCAAGAGGGUACCGAGGAGACACAUUCUCAGGUCCGCCAGAAGCAUUUAGUUGCCCCAUUGGACAAGCAUUUCCCUUUAUUAUAUGCUCUUCUGAAGGAUCACAUUGCAGAUGACGUUGAUUACAAGGUUCUUGUUUUCUGCACAACUGCUAUGGUUACUAGGCUUGUUGCUGACCUUCUUGGUGAGUUGAAGUUGAAUGUGAGAGAAAUCCAUUCAAGAAAGCCUCAGAGUUAUAGAACCAGAGUCUCUGAGGAAUUUCGGAAGUCAAAGGGUCUCAUCCUGGUAACUUCAGAUGUAUCUGCACGUGGAGUUGAUUAUCCAGAUGUCACUCUUGUUGUACAGGUUGGUUUACCAUCAGAUAGAGAACAAUACAUACAUCGACUGGGUAGAACAGGGCGAAGAGGGAAAGAAGGGCAGGGCAUACUGCUACUGGCUCCUUGGGAAGACUUCUUUUUACAUUCCGUAAAAGAUUUGCCUAUUGAGAAAGGUUCAGAACCUUCGGUUGAUCCUGAAACUAAGAAAAAGGUGGAAAGAGCUCUAUCCCAUGUGGAUAUGAAGAACAAAGAAGCAGCAUAUCAAGCAUGGCUUGGUUACUACAAUUCGAACAAGAAAGUGGCGCGUGACAAGUAUAGGCUAGUGGAGCUUGCAAACGAGUUUAGUCGAAGCAUGGGCCUUGAUAACCCUCCAGCUAUUCCUAAGCUAGUCCUUGGCAAGAUGGGCCUUAGGAAUAUCCCUGGUUUACGUGCCAAAUAGGUGUCAAAUGUGUAAUGUUCUCUAGUUAAAAAUUCAAAUGCACCCUUAUAAUUGAUUGAGACUUUGAGACAUCAAAUUUUCAAUUAUAUAUACGCCAUUUUUGUUUGUA